AUGUCACAAGGAAAUGAGCUUCAUAAUAAUGAGAGGAGUGGCAGGAGUAGUGAGGACCAAGUUGAGGAAACAUCAUCAGGAUCUUCACAGAAAUGUUCUUCCUUUGACUUGAAUGAAGAAGCUAGCAGUGAAGAUAACAAUGAAGCCUGUGAACUCACAAUGGAAUUAGAGAAUGAGAAAGCAAAGGAUGAGGGCACUUCAGCAAAUAGAAGUAGUUCAUCAACAGAAGGAAAUGAGAGAAAAGGUGCAGUUAGGCAAUAUGUUAGAUCCAAAAUGCCUCGGCUUCGAUGGACUCCUGAGCUUCAUCUUUCCUUUGUGCAUGCUGUUGAAAGGCUUGGUGGUCAAGAGAGAGCAACACCAAAGUUGGUGCUUCAGCUAAUGAAUGUGAGAGGACUAAGCAUUGCUCAUGUCAAGAGUCACUUGCAGAUGUAUCGAAGCAAGAAACUUGACGAGGCCGGGCAAGUACUAAGUCAAACAUACAGAUCAUCGACCCAAGAAGUAGUUCGUAGAUCUCAAAUAUUCAAUCAGUCCAUGAAUCCUCAUCAACAUUUCAAGAUGGGAAAUGGUGGAAUUAUCCUAGCAAGUAGUUGCAACGAGCAAAGUCAUUUCCAAAGUCUCCUACGGCCUUCUUUCUCCCUAUCACGUUCACAUACAAACGCCACCGACUCAAGGCACCAGCAUUGGUACUUGAAUCAUCAACCUUUAAGAAUACCAAUAGCUUCAAACCAAAUUCAACGAAUGGAUACAUCAGGCAAAAUUGCACCCAUGCGACCAAGCCAAUUUCUUGAAGAGAAAAGGUGGCCUCCAUUAGAAAUUAUGAACAAUCAUCAAUCCAAUAAGUUCAAAACAACACCUGCCAAUGUUAUUGUUGGGUCACAGGCUGUUGAACGAAGCACUGGGAACAACACAAGUAUCAGAGAAUAUCUAUCACAUCCCAAUGAUAUUGUAAAGCUAGCAUUUGAUCCCCCAUUUCGGAUUAAGUUGAAUGAAGAGAAACUGCAGAAAGACAAGCAAGACUUGCCUCAUUUGCAACUUGGUUUGAGUCACACAGAUGGAACGGGUGAUGGCAAGAUUGAACAUUGCAGAGAAACCCAAGAAAUUAGCACUAAGCUUUCACUUUCUUAG